CAACCGUGAGAUCAUGACCUGAGCCAAAGUGAAAUGCUUAACCGACUAAGCCACCCCUUGCUUUUGCUUUCUUUGGGAGAUAUGUAUAUUAACUUAAUGAACUAGACACUGACACGCAUUAUUGCUCCUUCUUUGGGAAGUUAGAAACAGUCUUUCUGUUUGUUCUUUUAAGUGAAGUUGAAAUUAUUCCAUUGCUCUGAACUGAUGAAGGAAUCUCACUGUCAGUACCCAAAAUAGCAUGCCCAAAGCUAUUUCACUGUUCAGGUUUGGGUGUCAAAAUGCCAAACCAUAAACACUAGAACUUUUAACCUAUAUAGUAUAUAUCUAAGCUACUAUAGCAUCAGUUUGAAAUUUUAAAAACUUUGAUUACAUUUAUCUCUUCAUUUCGAUCUCAAGUAUUUUUAAUUCUUAACUUGAAAUUUGGCAUAUUUGUUAAAAAUAUUGCUAUGUUUUCUUAACAAUUAAAAAUUAAUAGUUACAUCUUAUUUCAUUUAAUUAGUUAAUUAUGUUGUACAGAGUAUAGAAUGCCAUUAUCUGGAUUAGGUGAAUAUAUCCACCAAGACUAUAUUAACACUGCCUUUCUGUACAUACUAUCAUUUUAAAGCAUAAUUAUUUUUAAAUACUCUUUAUUUAUAUUGUAUCCUUAAUAUAUGCAAUCCUUAAGAAGAAAUAAAUAAAUAGUACACAUUUUGAAAGAACACACAAUGUAAUCUCCUUUCAUUUUAAAUACAAAAUAUUAGUAAAAUACUAUGUCAAAGAAAUGUCUUAUAUAGAGAGUAAUUUGAUUUAUCAGAACUUCUGAAUAAAAUAUUGAUCCCAUACUCAUUAGUUUGUCAGUUUUGUUUUUGUUUUCACUUCUGCUUUAUUAAGUAUAAUGUGACUGUCUGGACUACUUAAGAAGCAAAACUAUGUCCAAAAGGGGAAAGUUACACAAAACCAGAAAGAACUGAUUUGAAAAUACUGAGAUUUCCAACCCAUGUUAUCUCUUUUAUAGUUGCAUGGACUUAGGUAAGUAGCAUACUGGACACCACUUUACUGCUUAUAAAAUUGAUAUACUAACUGAACUCAUAUAUUUUAAUGACAUAUAAAUAAUAUUCUAUAACCUUAUCUGUCGUCUGAGAAGACUCCAUGCAUGAAAAUCUCUACUCUGAGACUUGCAUUUGGUCUACAAAGAAAGCAAUCCACCAGCAAAGUCAAACUUAAAGACCAGACUAUGACAUGAGAUGGUUUUCUUUUUAUCAAGCUUCCAUGACAUAAUAUGGAAGAUAAUAAGCAAGACCCUAUUGCUGUACUGUUCUAUUCCUCAAUUAUCAGAAAGUUGAAAUCUUACAGCUUGCCUUAUAGAGUAUUUGUGAUGAUUGAAUGACUCCUAAUUUGAAAUGUGUUACCAACAUUCCAGUUUUGUAAUAAUAUCACACAAAUGUUAGUACUGAAAUGAGAAUAAUGAAGAUGAAUACCCCUUUUAAUAUCAUGAACCCAGGUAACUCCUUUUCAAAUACUAACAGUGUUUGUGAUAUUAAGUACAGUAACUUCGAAUGUUUUCUUCCCUUAGUGAAGGAUGUUCCAGCAUCCCGGAGAUUCCAACAUCUCUAAGUUCCAGGUCUCUGAGUUCAUUCUGAUGGGAUUCCCAGGCAUUCACACCUGGCAGCACUGGCUCUCCCUGCCCCUGGCUCUGCUCUACCUCUUAGCUCUCACUGCCAACAUCCUUAUCCUGAUCAUCAUCAGUCAGGAGGCCACACUGCAUCAGCCUAUGUACUUUUUCCUAGGUGUCCUGGCUGUUGUAGACAUGGGACUGGCUACCACCAUCAUGCCCAAGAUUUUGGCCAUCUUAUGGUUCAGUGCCAAGGCCAUCAGUCUCCCUGAGUGUUUUGCUCAGAUGUAUGUCAUACAUUGUUUUGUAGCCAUGGAAUCAGGUAUCUUUGUCUGCAUGGCUAUAGAUAGAUAUGUAGCCAUUUGCAAACCACUACACUAUCCAUCAAUAGUUACUGAUUCUUUUGUGGUCAAGGCAACUGUGUUCAUGGCACUUAGAAAUAGCCUGGCUACCAUCCCAGUGCCUGUGUUGGCUGCUCAGCGACACUACUGCUCACAGAACCAAAUUGAGCACUGCCUGUGCUCUAAUCUUGGAGUCACUAGCUUAUCCUGUGAUGACAGAACAAUCAACAGCAUCUACCAGCUACUUCUGGCAUGGACACUGAUGGGGAGUGACCUGGCUUUGAUUUUUUUAUCAUAUGCUUUGAUACUUCACUCGGUGCUAAAGCUGAACUCAGCAGAAGCUGCUUCCAAAGCCCUAAGUACCUGCACUUCCCACCUCAUCCUCAUUUUGUUCUUUUACACAGUCAUUGUUGUCAUUUCCAUCACCCAUAAUGCAGCAAUGACGCUUCCCCUUGUCCCAGUUCUCCUCAAUGUAUUACACAAUGUCAUUCCUCCUUCCCUCAACCCCAUGGUGUAUGCACUCAAGAACAGGGAGCUUAGGCAGGGCUUGUAUAAGGUUCUGAAGAUGGACAAGGAGAACUAACCCUGAGAAUGGGCUCACUUGGAUAAUUCUCCCACAUAUUUAUCCAUCAUAUUACCCAAUCAUUACACAUGGCAGAAGAACUAAGGAACAUGUACACUGGCAACUUUCAGUUAAUAUAAGGAAACUGUGGUGAAAGUGAAACUUCACAAAAAGGGAUGAUAAUAAUAUUUGAAAUCUUGGUAGUCAGAAAAGUUUUUCACCAUAACACAAUGAUGCUGAUUGUCUCAAGGAUUCCAAGGGACAAGUGAAAUAUGCAUCUCAUUUUCCUACCUAGUUGCCCUGGCUAGAACUUCUAGACAAUGUUGAGUAGAGGUGGCUAAGGCAGAUACAUGCCAGUCUCUUCUUUUUAAUGGAAGAGUUUAGUCCAUGCAUAUUAAUUUGCUUAGUAAUAACAUAGUACCAAUUUCUGCCGUUUGUAUAUAUGCUUUCUAAUGUGUCUUAUAUCUUUUAAAAUUAGCAAAGGACUUGAAUAGACAUUUCUGUAAAGAAGAUGUGCAAUUUCCUUCAAGCACAUGAAGGAAUGCUCAACAUCAUUAGUCAUUAGACGAAUUCAAAUCAAAACCACAAGAUAGCACUAUAUCCUCUAAAUUGGCCUUAAUUCUUUGUUGUUGUUAUUGUUGUUGUUGAAGUAUAAUUAACAUACAGUGUUAUAUUAGUCUCAGGUGUACAAUAUAAUGAUUGAACACAUUAUUCAGUUAUCAUCACGAUAAGUGCACUCUUAAUCUCCUUUAUCUAUUUCCCCUACCCCCUCCUCCCUUACCUUCCUCUGGCAAACAAUUUGUUCUCCGUAUUUAAGAGUCUGGAUUUUUGUUUGUUUGUUUGCUUGCUUGUCUCCAUUUUCUUCAU